AUGAGACCCUUAGUGCUGUGCUGUCUCCAGAUCUUGGCAACCGUAGUAUCUGCCGAGCCCGCCGCCUUGCAGCGUCCCAUCGUCCUCGACCAGACGCCUGUCAUGAAUCCCGUCGGCCCCGUCGUCCCCCCCGCGGACCAGCCGAAGCGCCCCGAGCCGCCACCGUCCCAGGGAGGGGUGCUGAUCUCGGACGUGAUGGGCCGCGAUCGCAGCAUCAACAUCUUCGCCGGAUUUACGCGCGACGUCGGCUCGGUGUCGUCGCGCCUCGAUAACUCGUCGCUGAACAGCACCGUACUGGCCCCGCGAAACUCGGCCAUCGAGAAGCUGCCGCGCAAGCCGUGGGAGGACCCCGAGGACUACAAGGCCCUGGGCGCGGAUGCCUACGAGGGCGGGGACGGGCGAGACCGGGCGCACAGGAACAUUAGGAGGUUCGUCGAGGCACACGUCGUCCCCGUGAGCCCAUGGACGGAGGGAGAGAAGGCCACGGCCCUCCUAGACGGGGAUCGGCAGAUAUGGUGGGAGAUGAGAGACGGUAUCAAAGUGCUGCAGCCAGACGGGAUCGAGAUAGACAGCACCGCUAGCCAGGUCGGGAAUGGCGAGGUCUGGGUUUUGAAUGGAGUUCGCAACUACGCCUAA